GAGGGAGAGUGAGAGGGGAGGGUACGUUGACAUCUGUCUGAUACUAGACUGGUGAAUAGGAAGAAGGUCCCAUCUCUGGCCUGUUUGUGGAAGCUGGGAUGAUGAAGGCACUGCAGUGGGAACGUGCUGUGGUACAGGGUUGAAGCUCCAGCCCAUGUCUGGUAGUUAUAGAGCAAUUGGAAGGGUUACGUGCAGAGUUCUGGUAAACUAGGAUGGAAGAAUCUCAUUUCAACUCCUCCCCGUACUUCUGGCCAGCAGUGCCCACCGUCUCGGGACAGAUUGAGAACACCAUGUUUAUUAACAAGAUGAAGGAGCAGCUAUUGCCCACAGAGAAGGGCUGCAGCCUGGCUCCCCCCCACUACCCUGCCUUGCUGACAGUACCCACCUCUGUGGCCCUACCUACUGGUAUCUCCAUGGACUCAGACACCAAGCCGGAGCAGCUGACACCCCACAGCCAAGCCCCUGUGACUCAGAACAUCACCGUGGUACCAGUGCAGUCUGCUGGGCUCAUGACAGCAGGUCCUGGUCUGGUGAUAACUUCCCCAUCAGGUUCCCUGGUGACCACAGCCUCCUCUGCCCAAACUUUUCCCAUCUCAGCUCCCAUGAUUGUCUCUGCGCUACCCCCUGGCUCCCAGGCAGCCCUCCAGGUGGUUCCUGACCUGUCCAAGAAAGGGACAACCACCCUCUCCGAAGGUGGUGGGGGUGGCGGGGGUGGGGGAGUUGCCCCCAAACCACCCCGGGGCCGGAAGAAGAAACGAUUGCAGGAGUCGGGGCUGCCAGAGAUGAGUGAUCCCUUUGUGCUGUCAAACGAGGAUGAUGAGGACCAGCACAAGGAUGGCAAGACGUACAGGUGCCGGAUGUGUUCGCUGACCUUCUACUCCAAGUCGGAGAUGCAGAUCCACUCC